UGCCCGCUGAUACCAUUGUGCCAAGAUGUCAAGGAAGGGUAAAAAACGAAGAUAAUCCUGUUUAUAAUCCUAUUCAAAAUUUUUCCGGUCAAAAUCAAAUGUUACCUAACAAUCCUACUCAAAACUUUACCGGUCAAAACUAA